UCCAAGAUGCUCCUCUUGCUCAGUGUGGCCGCCCUUCUCUCUGCAGGCUUGUCUGGGGAGCUAAACCAGACCUCCGGGUUGGUGGCGGACAGCACUGAGUCGUGCUCAGCCUGCGAAUUCCGUGAGCACAGCAAGCAGAUGAGACUCUACAGCAUCAAGUCCCAGAUUCUCAGCAUCCUGCGGUUGGAACAAGCACCGAACAUUAGCAGGGACAUGAUCCAGCAGCUGCUCCCCAAAGCACCGCCUCUCACACAGCUCCUGGAUCAGUACGACCCUCGGGUGGAAGAUGAAGAGCACGCCACCACAGAAACCAUCAUCACCAUGGCAACCAAGUCAGACUCCAUUGCAGAUGGAAGGUUGUCCUAUUGUCUGUUCAGCCUCAGUCCUAAAAUCCACACUGAGAAUAUCCUGAGUGCUCAGCUUUGGGUUCACCUACGGCCAGUCCACAUGGUCACAACAGUCUUCCUGCAGAUCUCUCGACUCAAACCUGGCAGGGAGGGAAACAACACCCGGGUCAGGGUGCGCUCUUUGAAGGUGGACACAGGUGUUGGCGCAGGCUCCUGGCAGAGUAUGGACAUCAAGUCUCUGCUUCAGGCAUGGCUGCGACAGCCGGACACUAACUACGGUAUCGACAUCAAUGCUUUUGACCCUCAAGGAGAAGACCUGGCGGUCACGUCUGCAGAACCUGGAGAGGAAGGCCUGCAACCGUUCAUUGAAGUCAAGAUCCUGGACAGUCCAAAGAGAUCCCGACGUGAUUCAGGUCUGAACUGCGACGAGGAGUCAGCUGAGACACGCUGCUGCCGUUACCCGCUCACCGUCGACUUUGAGGAGUUUGGCUGGGACUGGAUCAUCGCACCCAAACGCUAUCGGGCUAAUUACUGCUCAGGAGAGUGUGAAUUCUUGCAUUUACAGCAGUACCCGCACGCACACCUGGUAAACAAGGCAAACCCACGUGGCUCGGCAGGACCCUGCUGCACGCCCACCAAGAUGUCACCCAUUAACAUGCUCUACUUCAACCGGAAGGAGCAGAUCAUCUACGGAAAGAUCCCAUCCAUGGUGGUGGAUCACUGCGGCUGUUCCUGAUGCAGAUAGCACGUCAGCAUGGGAGCAUUAUUUCUCAAAACCAUUAGAUAUGCUUUUGGCUUUGUAGAAUCUUUAGAGGAUUAAAAACAAUAAAUACAAGUACAUAACAGAACACUGCUAUUAUAGAGUGCUACCUUGACUUACAAGUACUCCCAUUUAUACGCUCCUUUCGCUGCUGUUGACGGCAAUGGUCGUCCAAACCAUUUGAACGGUGAUCUUUCACUGCCAGCCAUCCCUGAAAAAUUUAAAGAUUUUAAUAUUUUUGUUUGGGGAUUGGAUUUCAUUUCCACUGGGAAAACAAAUGUACCUCCAUUUACAAGCCAGAGUUGAAACUAAACUCAUAAGUCAAGGUACCACGAUAUUUGGUUUGAAACAAGGAUGCAAGAUCUGUGUAGGCCAUGUUUGCUCCCUGCUGCUUCCUGUCCUUUCUCGCUCCUUUGAGCUUUAGCCAAAAGAAAGCCUGCAGGGUGUCAAUUAUUUGCUUUUAUUUGACAAACAAUGAACUGAGUGCCCUUCCUUGCUUGAACAUGUUUGCAAACCACACACUGAGAAUCACACACCAUUAAUUUAUCAGGAGAUGUAUGGAGGUUGUGCACAAUUUAUAAUGACUUUAAACUAUAUACUUGAACCAUCUGUGUUUGAAUUUGCCACAAAAAAAGAUCGGAGCAUUCUUUUAGGCACUGCACCAAUAUUAUGACAUUUUAUUUUAGCUUGGUGGUUGUUAGGUUUCCAAAUGCAAGAGUGGGGCAUAGGCCUACUGAGCAUUUUAUACGACUGGUGAAAUUGCAGAAAAUGUACAACCAUAUUUUUUUGGGUGAUGAGACGCUAAAAAUUCUUUAUUUUUUUCCCCCUUUAUUUUUGACAGUGCACCUUAAAAUCCAUGGUGCCUUAUGCAUUAAUUCUGGCUGUGCUUAAUGAGCUUGAACCUAUUUUGGUGAAGAAUAACUGCGUUAUAUUGCUCCAGGAAAGUGUUAAGUAUACACAUUCAUCAUUGAUCAAACCUAGAAAUAAAAUAAAACAAAUAAUAAAUAAAACUAUAAUUACAGAUUAAAAGUUGCAAAUUAAAAUUUCCAGAACAAAAGGCAAAUGCAAUACAUUGAUGCACUAAUGCACCUUAUAAUCACGUAUGCCUUAUGUAUGAAAAUUAAUUUGUUCAUUGAUGGUGCGUCUUAUAGUCAGAAAAAUAUGGUAUAUGUAGUGCUUUGGUCCUGUGGCUACAAGAAUUAAAUGAAAAAGAUUAAGAAAAAAAUCUCAG